AUAUCUUCUUGACGGGGACCGGUCCCGCGGACCGCCAAUUCCUGCUUUGAGUUCAAAUCGAGGCGCGGGAUCCUAAUAAUCUGAUAUUUAUCCCUCCAGCUAGGGUUUUUGUUCUCUUUACCUUAUGCAGUCCUGUUAACCACAAUCCAUCUCCUCAUUUAAUUUUAAUAUACCACAUUCGUGUAAGAGGAUCAGAAUGAGCUCUCCUAUGGAGGUCAGCGUGCAUAACGCCACCGAGAACGUAUCUGAAGAGGUAUCUGAAGUGGCGAAUGCCUCAAAUUCGGAGCCAGUCAGUUUUGUCACUGCUAGUUCACUUGCGCCGGAAGAGGACAAGGUUCUCGUUUCAGUUGAGGUUUGCAUGAAGUCGCUAAGUACGGCUAGAUCUGAAGAUGUACGCAAAGCCGUGGAAAGGAUGUUUGAGAAGAGGAAUUUAAGCUAUUAUGAUGGUCCAGUUCCAGUGCCAACUGAUGAUUCUUUUCUCACUGAAAAUGUUGAAAGAAUAUGUAUAUGCGACACAGAUGAAUGGGUGGAGAACCACAAAAUUCUUUUAUUCUGGCAAGUCAAGCCUGUUGUGCAUGUUUUUCAGCUUAGUGAAGAGGGCCCAGGAGAGGAUUCAAGUGGUGGGGAUGUGCUUUCCAGUUUUAGUGAGUGGCUUUUACCUGCUAAAGAAUUUGAUGGCUUAUGGGAAAGUUUAAUCUAUGAGACUGGUCUCAAGCAACGGUUGUUGCGAUAUGCUGCUAGCGCUCUUUUGUUUACUGAGAAAGGGGUAGAUCCUUGUCUUGUUUCAUGGAAUAGAAUCAUCCUUUUACAUGGACCUCCAGGAACUGGCAAGACAUCAUUGUGCAAAUCAUUAGCUCAAAAACUUUCCAUACGUUUCAAUUCAAGAUACUCAGCAUGCCAACUGGUGGAAGUCAAUGCUCACUCUUUGUUCAGCAAGUGGUUUUCUGAAAGUGGCAAACUGGUUGCAAAACUCUUUCAGAAGAUUCAAGACAUGGUGGAGGAAGAGAGUACUCUCGUCUUCGUUUUAAUAGAUGAAGUCGAGAGUCUUGCGGCUGCAAGGCAGGCUGCAUUAUCUGGCUCUGAACCAUCAGACUCCAUUAGGGUUGUGAAUGCAUUGCUUACUCAGAUGGACAGACUAAAAUCUUCGCCAAAUGUGAUCAUUUUGACAACAUCAAACAUAACGGCUGCAAUAGAUAUUGCUUUUGUUGAUCGAGCAGACAUCAAAGCAUAUGUUGGUCCUCCAACUCUGCAAGCACGAUAUGAAAUAUUGAGGUCUUGUUUACAAGAACUUCUGCGCACUGGAAUUCUCAAGUACUCUCAGGAUUGCGAGUAUCUUGUACUUCCAAACUAUUCAACCCUACUUGACAAGCUUCAUUCCUCUGAUAUGGGGGAACCUGGAGAAGCUCUGUUUCUCUUCAAAAAACUACUUGAAGCCGCAGAAGCUUGCCAGGGGUUAAGUGGAAGAGCGUUAAGAAAGCUUCCUUUCUUGGCUCACGCAGCUCUUGCUAACCCUAAUUGUUGUGAUCCCAGUAAGUUCUUGCAUACACUAGUAGAAACUGCACAAAGAGAGGUUUCUGAACUGCAAGCUUAAUAUGAAAACGAUACAUACAAAUAGUAGUACAGACUGUACAGUUAUCUUUGGUGCUGCUUUCUGCUACCCCAUUUUCAUAUCCAAAACAAUCACAAUUUCUGCAGCAAAACCAGAAUGGACAAAAUGCAACAAAUUCUUAUAUGACACUUAUUUUUUAUGUUUUGUUUUGUUUCGAUUUAAAGUAACUAUGUGUAAUCUCUUAAUUUUUCAAUUCCUCUAUUAUUAUCAAGAGUAAUUCUUGUUUACACUUACAAAUCAACAUAUUUCUAACAUUGUAAUUCAAAAUAGAGUUCCCCAUGAAAUUUCGGAAGUUGCAAAUGAUUGUUAAAACAUACAAGCAUGAAAAAUAUAUAUCAUUUAGGAGAAAAGUACAUAGCCCUGGUUUAACAUGUACAAAGCAAGAGAUUAAAAAA